CGGCCAGUCGGCCACCCACCGUGCCUCGUCGUCGCCGCAGCCCGCACCUGCAGCCGCCAUGUGGAGGGGCGGCGCCACCACCGCCUUCGUCGCUAGGGCCCUCCGCUCGCGCCUCCUCCUCGACCCCAUCCACCACCCGGUCACGUCGCUCGCUCCUAUUUCUUCGGCGCGUACCUCUUCCUCUUCCACCUCGUCCACUGCCGCGGCGAACACCAUCGUGGAAGAAGCGGCGGUGGCGGCGGCUGUAUCCGUUUCGCAGCAUACCGGAUCCAUCUCCGACGCGCUACGGCACUAUGGGAAGUGCUACCGGGAGCUCUCGAAAGUCCGCCUCAGGUUCAGUGAAUCUUGUGAUUCAGGAUUCAACCUUGCCUACUAAUUUUGGGCCCCUUGUAACUGAUGACUGAAGAUAUAAUUUCUAAUAUCGAUCCAACAUUCGUAUUUAGUGCUCUUGUUGUGGCAACUUCGGGGGCUGGUUAUGUGCUUGGUAGUGGCAACAUCGUGGAUAUUGCUGGACUUUGUUGCACAUGUGCUGGUACAAUGAUGGUUGCAGCAUCUGCAAAUACCCUCAACCAGGUGUUCGAGAUAAAAAAUGAUGCUAAAAUGAAAAGGACAAUGCGACGUCCCCUGCCAUCUGGUCGCAUCAGUCCUGCACAUGCUGCAAUGUGGGCUACAAGUGUUGGAGUUGCAGGAACAGCUUUGUUGGCCUGGAAGGCUAAUGGCUUGGCAGCUGGGCUUGCAGCUUCUAACCUUGUUCUGUACGCAUUUGUUUAUACGCCGUUGAAGCAAAUACACCCUGUUAAUACAUGGGUUGGGGCAAUCGUUGGUGCCAUUCCACCACUUUUGGGGUGGGCGGCAGCUUCAACUGAACUGUCACUAAAUGCCAUGAUACUCCCUGCCGCAUUGUACUAUUGGCAAAUACCUCAUUUUAUGGCUCUUGCGUACUUAUGUCGAAACGAUUACCUUGCUGGAGGGUAUCGAAUGUUUUCUUUUGCUGAUCCAACUGGUAAAAGAACUGCAUGGGUGUCGCUAAGAAAUUGUCUGUACAUGCUACCUUUGGGUUUAUUUGCAUACAACUGGGGCCUCACAUCUGAGUGGUUUAGUUUUGAAGCUUCACUCCUAACAUUAGGCCUUACCAUUGGAUCUCUAUCAUUUGUGCUGAAACCAAGUCCAAAGACUGCGAGGAGAAUGUUCUAUGGUAGCCUGCUGUAUCUCCCUGCCUUCAUGGCUGGGCUUCUGUUGCAUCGGCUGCCAAAUGAACAAAAGGCGCACAACUUGGCUGAGAAAAGUGAACUGGACGGAGUUCUGUACGGGGCCGAUCUGCAGGACAAAGAAAGAGCCACACAGAAACGCCAAGACAGGAAUCCUUCCAGCAUGCAAUCACGCCCUCCGGUUGCAUAUGCUUCUGUGGCUCCAUUCCCUUUCCUACCGGUGCCCAUAUAUGACUCAUGAAAAGUUUCCCUGGUUCUUCCUGCAGCAGUGGGACAGUCAGAGCAAUGUAUUCAUGCACUUUUGGCUUACAUGAAUUUCUGCCACCAAGAGUUCUUUGGUGCGUCUGUUGUUAAAAUUAUAGGAUAGUUUUUUAAUGGAUUGAGCUUUUUGCGGCUCACCUAAAAGUAAAAAAAAAGUGCUGUGGACACUCGUUCUGAUGCCUCGGGUAACACGGAUAUGCUGAUGUACUCUUGUGCUUUUCUUGUAAGAUUCGAUGUCCGGAAACAUGCAAUAAUUGACCGUAGACAGAAGUAACAUGGUAAUGGACAUUUAGGGCGUGUUUGGUUUGAGGAAUGAAGUGAUUUAUCUUCUUCUCA